CGCUGUGAGCUCACUGUUACAGCAACUGCAGCAUUUCUCAUUCAGCAUGCAGGAUCACAAUCACAGAGGGGCUCUUCUCACCUGGUGCCUUGUGUUUUUGGUGCUUAUCCAGCAGGUGACCUGCAAUCCUGUGCCAAAGUUGGACACACCUUCAACUUCUGUGCAGGAAGUUCAAAGGUCACUGAAGAGAACAGCUCGAAUGACCCCGUUAUGGAGGAUCAUGGGUACUAAACCUCACGGCGCCUACUGCCAGAACAACUACGAGUGCUCGACAGGAAUAUGCAGGAAAGGCCACUGUUCCUACAGCCAACCGAUUAAUUCCUAAAAUGAAGACUCCUUCCUUCUCUGAUCUGAUGUUUCUACACCAUCAUGCAUGACGAGAGCUUGAUUCAGUGAGCAACAGGAGGCAACCGAAUGUGCAAUGCAGUUAAUCAUCAGUUAGACAUAUAGUAAGCCACAAAUGAGGCAAUAGGUAAUGUUCUGCAAGACUGUGCUUAUCAUAAGGUACAUAACACGUGGACUCUUUUGAGAGAGCAACAUAAACCUCAUAAUCCACCUGCACAGUGGUAUUGCAAUAUACAAGAAGCAUUAUGAGUGGGAUUUUCGAUUUACAUAUUUCAGGUGGUGCUGGGAAGGUGAUACAGUAGUUUGGGCCAGUUUCCCUGAACCAGAUUAAGUCCAGUCCCUGUCCUGGAUGUCCACUGAGCAGAGUAUGGCCUUUGGCACUAAUAGCUCAUCUCAGGACUAAGGUUAGUCCAAACAUGGAAACUGGUCUGCUGUAUUAGAUCACGUUACUUGUAAGCUAUAUAUGCAAGUGUAGGCAAACGUGUCGGCUAGUGCCUUAGCUCAACCCAAAUGUCGUUGAACCAAAGCUAGUCUGGAGAAAAAGGGACAGAGAAAGUGCAAAGGUUGCCAUUAUUGAUUGUGCCUAGAUAUUAUUAACCAUUUGCCUCCAUCCUUUGCCUUUAUCUGUUUGCUCACGUUUGUUUUAUUUAAUUUUAGACUCAUUUACCUGUCACUAUUUAUAUACAAGUGUCUCCACCUCAUCUCAUAGAUCAGGAUUUACAAGCAUCGUUUCAGCAUGCGACUACUUAUUUAUUGUAUUUCUCUUUUAAUUUUGUAUGACUCAACAGUUCAUUUAAAGCUCUUUUUUAUGUAUCUGACUAUAUAAGACUAUAAGAUUUAUAUGCUAUAUUUACUGUACUGUAACUUUAUAUGUGCAUGUCUCAUAUGAGUGAACUUUAGGGUUCUGAAAUAAAAAUGUUCUGAGAAAAUGGCUUUUAUGUCAUGAACUCCAU